AUGAGUCGGGUGCAGUUGGAGCAACUUAACAUAGACGGACUGCGGGAGGUUGCUCGUCAGCACGGUCUUGACAUACAUGGUGCCCGUGCUGUGUUGUUCGACCGAAUUACCGACCACUUCGAGCGACAGGGGUGGCCGGAGACCAUUUCCAUAUUGCCGCCCGUUACGGAGGACAGACAGGUGGUUGAGCAGGAGGCGCAGGCUGUGCAGGAGGUUGUUGCGAAUGCUAACGCAGGGGAGCUGGCGCCCCGUGUGCAAACGGCGGAGGCGGGCCGGCAUUCUGGGAGAGGGAUCAGCGCCGAAAAUGCAUUUGAUCUGCAGGAUAUUGUGCGAGCAGUAAUCCAGGCCUUGAACGUGGCGCAGGGGCAGCAGGUGAGUGCUGCUCCGGACUGGUCGAGUUCGGAGGCAAGGCCAAUGACAUCGCCGAGCUCGGACUCUCAAUCAAGCGGCGUUCACAACUGGAAUCAGAUUAAAUUUGCUUCGAAACUGAUACCCUCCUUUACGGGAAAGGAAGACGAGAAUAUUAUCUCCUGGUUGGAGCGGAUUGCCAGCAUCGUCGGAAUGUAUCAAGUACCAGACGAGGUUUUGGUCAUUGCGGCGGUAAAUCAGCUGUCAGGUCGAGCAUUAAGUUGGUAUAACCGUCAGCGAGUGGAAUCUGUUGCGUCUUGGCAGGACUUUAAACGUCAAAUUCGCCUGUAUUUUGAGAGAAAAGAAACGGUCACCAUGACGCUGUCGAGAAUCAACGCGCGAAUAUGGAGGGCGCAGUCUGAGAAAUUUAUAGACUAUGCAGAGGAUAAACUAAAACUGAUGCAGUUUCUCACGUUGACCGAGAAAGAGAGAAUUGAAUUGCUGGCUGAUGGGGUCAAGGAUUUCGCUUUUAGAAGAUUUGCAUUGAAUUCAUGGGCUGCCAGUGUUUUGGAGUUUUUGGAGCAUAUGCGGAGGAUAUUGGAGGACAGCGUGAUUGCGCGCCGUACGGGAUUCGACACCGCAAGCCAGAGGACCAGCCCGAGAUUGGCCGUCUCGAGGAGCGGAAUCAGUUAUUCUCACUGCAAGAAGUCCGGACAUCUCGCAAAGGACUGUAGAGUUGCGGCAAUGACGUGCUUCGCCUGCGGUCAAAAGGGUCACCUGAGUUCAGCUUGCCAGAAAAAUAAGUCCGUUCCGGGAACUACCUUGAAUCACUUAGCGGAAGUAUCCAUGGAGGAAGAGGAGCCACAGUCGGAGGAGGCUGCCGCGGAAGAAGCGUCGAGUGGGAUUUACGUCAUCGAGGGGGAGAUUCCAUACAUCGCUGUGUCCAGAUGCGGUUUCCCAGAUAAGUCGUUCCGCGCUCUUAUAAAUACAGGCAACCCAAUUAAACUCAUUUAUCAAAAUGGCAGAUUUAAGUUUGAGUGCCCGGCGGAGGAACCUGAACAAGUUGAUUUUAUUUUCCAAAUUGAAAUUGAUGAUUCAAGAGAGCGCUGUGCUAUUGUAAUGGAGAAUCUGGAUGGGCGAGUUGACGGUCGAACAAGAGAACGACUGGUAGAUCUUUUACACAAGGUCGAAAAACUAAAGAUGUCCCCCGUCGUGGAUGAUUACCAAAUUCGUGUACACAUAAAGGACCCAUCGUUGUUUCGCUAUGCGCCUCGUAGAUUUUCCUUUUUGGAAAAGCUUGAUUUGCGUGCCAUUACCGACGACUUAUUAAAGCGUGAAAUAAUCAAACCCAGUAUCUCGUCAUAUUGCUCGUGCGUAGUGUUGGUGGAGAAGCGUAACGGGCAAAAGCGUGUGUGUGUUGAUCUGAGACCUCUGAAUCAAAGGAUCUAUCCUCAGAAAUACCCAUUUCCCAUAAUCAAAGAUCAGAUAAAUCAGUUGCAGGGCUCCGGCCGAAUUUCAGAAAAGAAUUUAUCACAUAUUGGAUCCUUUGAUACGGAACAAAAGAUACUAGUAUACAUGGACGAUAUACUAAUUGCGACCUCCACAAUUGACGAGAAUUUGGAGAUUCUGGAGGAAGUUUUGCAGCAGUUAAAGAAAUACAAAUUGGAAUUAAAUUACGCUAAGUGUAUAUUCUUAAAGCGGGAAAUAGAAUAUUUGGGUUACGUAAUCUCAUUCAAAGCGGGUGAUUUUGUGCUAGUAAAGGUCCUUCAACAUAAGCCAGGAUCAAAUCAGAAACUCGUGCCAAAAUACAAGGGUCCGUAUUUAGUUAAAGCAGUUCUAAAAAAGAACCGAUUUGUCAUUACCGACAUACCCGGGUUUAAUAUAAAACAAAAGCCGUUGAACACAAUUAUGUCAGCCAAUAAACUAAAGCCUUGGAUUAAAAUAAGUAGUCCCAAGGAAAAUGAAAAGCCGAAUGAAAUUUAUAAGGAAAGUUGUAAAGAAUUGUAA